AUGUGGUUUGACCUUGCGCACCGCCUGUUCCCGACCGCGAGGUACAUUGCGAAGGGCGAUGACGACAUUUUCCUCCGUGUGCCGCUGUUUGUUGCUCACCUGCGCCUCCUGCCGCGCCGAGGGAUCUACAUGGGCCUCCACGUUGGUACUAGCCAGUAUAAGAAAAUGGGCUUACCGGGUAACACGUUUAUGAUGGGCUGGUGCUACACCUUGUCGAGGGAUGUGGCGGAGGCGUUGGUGUCGUACAAGCCGCUGCGACGCCUGACAUACCUGCCGUACAGCAAGGAGCGUGAGGAAGAGUUUUUUUCGAUUCAUAUGCAGCACGAGGACGUAAUGGUGGGACGUGUGCUGGUGAACGAAUUGAACUACCAGCCGAUGGUAUACGUCAAGGUGCUGCCGUGUCAUUUCCAUGACGCCCGCAAUGGCACGGGGCACUCGCAGGUGGUGCCGACCUCGAUGUGUGUCCAUCACGUGCUGGAGGACGACUACGCUGCGCUGAUGGCGCGCUUCGGCAACGACACAUCGCCUGUCGCCCGUGUGGAACGUUUCUCCGACGACACGAUAUACCCGUUGUGCGAUUGA